AAAUUUGGGGUAAUUGCAUUAAAAUCAUUUCCUCGUAGACAUUGAGAGUUGGAUUGUCGCCUGAAUAACAUUAACACAACAGUGAAUAUAAUAUGGAAUUAUUAAAUGACAAAAUUGUUCUGUGUCCAUCAGUGAAUCUGAAUUGUAAAAAUCAUUUAACUUCAGUGAAAGUUGAUGCAGAAAUGAAUGAUAAGCGAUCAACAGUUCCAUCACCGAAACCUUUGAAAAUCACGAAUUUUGCCUCGAAUGCAGAAUCGUACGAUCUGCUGCAUCAGAGUUCGUUCAAUCGAAUAGGAUGUUCAAAAAACAUUUGCAAGGGCAGCCUAGUUUCAGUGAACGUUCUACCAAACACCCUUCGCGAACCAGAAGCCAUUCUUGAGCAUGCCACAGAUUUUAUGAUACAAUAUUACCAGUCCUUGAAUGAUGAAAACUCUGAUCAGCACAUUUCGAGAUUGCGACAAGUCGAAGAGGACCUUACACAAACGGGCACAUAUCAUCUAAGUGAAGAUGAGCUGCUGUUUGGAUGCAAAACUGCGUGGAGAAAUGCUGCACGGUGUAUAGCAAGGAUUCAAUGGAAUAAAUUGAAACUCUUCGAUUGCCGUCAUGUCACGACUGCGUCGGAAAUGUUUGAAGCUUUAUGCAAUCAGUUGAGCUACAGCCAAAACGGUGGAAACGUGAGAUCUGCAGUUACCGUCUUUCCGCAAAGGACAAACUUGUCGUCCGAUUUCAGAAUAUGGAACAGUUUACUCGUCUCCUAUGCAGGCUAUCAGGAGGCUGAUGGAUCCAUUCUAGGAGACCCGAAAAACGUAGAACUAACGAAAAUUUGUAUUCAACUUGGAUGGAAACCAGCACGGACGAAUUUUGAUGUUCUGCCACUCGUCCUCUCGGCAAACGGAAAUGACCCAGAAUAUUUUGAGUAUCCGAAAAAUUUCAUUAUCGAAGUUCCUCUGACCCACCCAAAAUUCGAUUGGUUUGAAAAAAUGAACUUGAAAUGGUAUGCAUUACCGGCUGUAGCUAAUAUGAAAUUAGACUGUGGUGGUUUAAUAUUUACCGGUUGUGUGUUCACCGCCUGGUACACAUCGUAUGAAAUCGCUUGCCGCAAUCUUUGCGAAGAAACGCGCCUGAAUCUCAUGAAGCCAAUCGGUUUGAAGAUGGGACUCAAUACGAGAAACUCCACUUCCCUAUGGAAGGACAAAGUUCUCGUAGAAGUGAACGUGGCAGUUCUCUACAGUUAUCGAAAGGCGAAAGUAACGAUUAUGGAUCAUUACACGGCCAGUGAAAGUUUCAUGAAGCAUAUGGACAAUGAAUCCAAGCUAAGACGAGGUUGUCCAGCUGAUUGGGUGUGGAUCGUUCCUCCCAUUUCGUCGUCAUUAACGCAAGUCUUUCAUCAAGAAAUGUUGAACUAUCGGCUGUGGCCAUCUUACGAGUAUCAGGAUAGUCCAAUCAAAUCACACCAGUGGAGGGGACUUAACAAGAAAUCAUAUGCAGGACAUUUCAAGCAUUUAAAGGAGGUCGCAAUAUCCGUUCUUUUCGCUGAUGUCUUAUAUCGGAGAGCAUUGAGAACACGAACCAAUGUGACCGUUUUAUAUGCAACAGAAACGGGAAACGCCCAGUGCUAUGCCGAAAAACUGGUGAAACUUAUGAGCACUAUUUUUAACGCAAAAAUUUAUAAUAUGUCUGAUUAUAAUGUUGAAUCACUAGACAAGGAAACUAUACUGUUCUGCAUUGUCUCGACUACUGGAAAUGGAGAUCCACCAGAAAAUGCGAUAGAAUUCUUUAAACAUUUGGAGACUCUGAAGAACGAUGACUUUCAUCUAGCUCUCAAAUUUUCCGUUUUCGCUCUCGGAUCAUCAGCAUAUCCUAAUCUAUGUAAGUUCGGAAUUUCGCUGGACAGAACCAUCAACGAACUUGGUGGGGAACGAAUUUUGCCCGUUGUGCUUGGUGAUGAGUUGUGCGACCAGAAACACGAUUUUCAACAGUGGGCUGGAGAUAUUUUCAAGAUAUGCUGCGACAAAUUCCUAGUUGAUUUCAGUCAUGUCCCGAAACACCUAAUCUCAUUGGAGACCUCGAUUCGGACCGAGAAAAAUGUACGACUGGCAUCAGUUUGUGAUGGCGCGUAUGUUCGUGAUUCUCUAGAGGAAUUGCUCGGUAGAUUCCACCGUAAAAAUAUUUAUUCCUGUCAACUGAAGUGCAGACCACUAAAUCUUCGGAGAGAUACAGCCUCGGUCUGCAUACUCGUGGAAAUUUGUAUUGAUGGGAGCGAAAUCAACUACGAACCGGGUGAUCAUGUGGGCAUAUGUCCAGUCAACGAUCCUCAACUUGUCAAUGGAUUGAUAGAAAAGUUCAACGAAGUUGAAGAUCCGGACGAAAUACUCCGCAUGGAAAUCUUGGCUGAUGCCAACGGAGAGGUCAUUCAAACCUGGCGACAUCACAACAAAAUUCCCAAAGCCUCGAUUCGCACAUUGCUCUCAAGAUUUUUGAAUAUUACAACCCCUCCAUCGAAGCAAUUUUUAUCAUUUCUGGCUGCUCACUGUCACAACGAAGAGGAAAUGCUUCGAAUGGAAUUGCUUUCAACUGAUAAUGACCGUUAUGAAUUGUGGAAAUCAAGAAAGUUACCACAUAUGUUGGCUGUUCUCGACGAGUUCCCAUCAUGUCGACCACCAAUCGCGCCAUUCCUUGCUAAUUUGGAUACACUCCAACCUCGAUUCUACUCGAUUUCGUCAUCACAACGGAAGUAUCCGGAUGAAGUUCAUUUGACUGUUGACAUCGUUAAAUAUGAAUCUGACGAUGGAGAAAUCCGAUCAGGUGUCUGCUCAAAUUAUCUUAACAGCUUGACUGCCAACGAUGAGAUUCUAUUGUAUUUUCGUAGUGCCCACAAUUUUCAUUUGCCCACAACAGUGAGUGCUGAUCCAUCUCCGUUGAUAUUGAUUGGACCAGGUACUGGAAUUGCACCUUUUAGAAGUUUCUGGCAGGAAUACGAAAUGCUCAAGCAUAACAACUCUUCAACUGAAGGACCAAAAAUUUGGAUAUUUUCUGGCAAUCGAACUAAGAACCAUGAGAUUUACAUGGACGAGAAGCUUGAAAUGUUAGCGAAACAAGUUUUAGAGAAGAGCUACUUGGCUCUGUCACGCGAACCCGGUCAGAAAAGGACCUACGUCCAGGACCUUUUACUCCGUGACUUUAGCCAGAUAUAUCAACUUACUAAGCACGAAAAUGCACAUGUCUAUGUUUGCGGUGAUGUUCGCAUGGCCGAGGGUGUGCAUGAAACCUUCAAGAAAAUCGUCGCGAUUAAAGAACAAGUCGAUGAGAUGUCAGCUGAGAAAUUCUUACAACAGUUGAAGAACCAAAACCGCUAUCACGUGGACUCAUUUGGCGCCAUUCAUCAUACAGCUAAGAUCUAACGUACGGCAUCUGCUAUCGACAACAUCAACAAAAAAACAUCAAGACGAAUGUUUGAAAAUUGUAACAUGCAAAUUUGAUACAAUAAUGCGUUUCUGUCGUGUUCAGCCAAAACACCGCAUCAUAUUUGCUUUUCAAGAGCUUCCGAGAGCUUUAAGCUUCUUUUGUAUUCCACUUUUCCAAUGGAAUCUAAAAGAAGCUCAAAUCUAUUGAAAGGUCUAUAAAGUACACAAGCAAUGCGAUACGAGGAUUUGGCUCAACACGGCAGGGCUGGAAAAGGUUUUAGAUUUAAGAAAGCUAUUUUUUACCUUAAAAAGAUUUAAAUUAAUAAAAUGAAAGCAUUUUCUC